UAUUUGAUUUCUAUCUAAUCUGAUUUGUCUAAUUGCCUACAAUAUUAUUGCUUCAUUCAUCCUUGACAUGUUUCGUAAUAGCAGAUAUAAUAUGACUACGGCUUAAUUGAAAAAAUGUCAGACAAUAAUUGACCGAAGAUGCGUGCACUGUCGUUCACUAGCUUGUAUCUCCUUCUACUUGGCAUCCUACUGAGGAGUUCCUCGUCAUCUGCCUGGCGUUCUUUCAAAGUCGUCUUUACGCGCUUUGAAUUCGAGCCGAAUGCCAAGUUUUUGGAUGUGAGAUUAGAAGUUGAGAAUGAUGACGAGAACAGCGCAUUGAAUGCAGUUAUCAAUGUGCUUCAACCACUGGAUGAUGUAGAACUAUCGAUAAGCAUUGGUCUACAAGGUGAACUGGGAAAUUAUACAAAUAUCGUCAGUAGAAGUACAAACUUCUGCAAGAUGCUAAAGGAUCGCAGUGCCGAGCCUUUGAUACGUAUUAUCUAUCAGGACAUGCUGCGAUUUGGCAAACUCUUCAAGGAAUGCCCUUUGCCUAAAGGUACUUAUACACUGCGGGGCUAUCAUAUUGAUGAGGAACUGUUGCCCAGUUUUCUGCCAGAGACGAACUUUCAGUUUGGCCUACAAUUGACACAGGCCAAAGGUCAGGAGAUCUUUCAUGGCACGCUUCAUGGACGCAUCGAUAAAUCGAAAGGUUUCAAUAAUCUAAAAAUGUUCAGCUUGGGUUGAUAUAAUGAUAUAUUUUAUUGUGCAUAACUGUGUUCAUAAUGUUCGUCUUAAAUGUUAUAAAUUUGU